AUAUAUGUUUAGAAACUUGCAAGAGAGGGUUUUUGGCCGGUUGUAGGCAACUUUUAAGGUUGGAUGGGUGUUUCUUGAAGGGGACAUUUGGAGGGUAGAUGCUUGUAGCAGUAGCAUUAGAUGUCAAUGAUUGUAUUUACCCAGUAGCAUAUGCCAUAGUGGAGAAAGAAAAUGCCACUACAUGGAGAUGGUUUAUACAACAUUUGGGUAAAGAUUUGAAAAUUUCGAAUAGCAAUGAAUGGACUUUUAUGACGGAUAGACAAAAAGGUUUACAAAAUGUGAUAGAAGAUUUAUAUCCCGAGGCAGAUUAUAGGUAUUGUGUUAGACACAUGUACACCAAUUUCUUCAAAGCCGGUUUCAAGGGGUUGAUUCUCAAGGAAUACUUAUGGAAAGCUACGAAGUCAACAACAGUGCCCGAUUGGAUGUUUUGGAUGGGUGAGAUUGAAAAAGAAAGUCUUGCAGCACAUGAUUGGUUAAAGAAAAGGCACUCUAGUGAAUGGAGCAAGGCUUAUUUUCUUACAAAGGUGAAAAGUGACAUACUUUUGAAUAAUCUAUGCGAAGUGUCAACAACGUAGUGUUGGAAGAAAGAGAGAAAUCCAUACUGACAUUGUUGAUUGAUUUGCAUAUAAGUUUCAUGAAGAGGAUACAAGCAAGGAGAGAUAAGAUGAAGAAAGUCAUAGGGCCUUUAUGUCCUAAAGUGCAACAAAAAUUGAAGACGUCCGUUGAGUUAGUAGAGAUAUGUGAGGUUGAUUGGUAUGGAGGGACACAAUCUUACGUGAAAUGUAAAACUGGAGAAUAUGUUGUUGAUCUACUGAACAAGACGUGUGCAUGUAGGAGAUGGGAUUUAUCGGGAAUUCCUUGUACUCAUGCAAUUGCUUCUAUUUUUGAUAGAAGAGAUGAGCCUUGGAAGCAUGUACAUGAGUGUUACAAAGUGAGCACAUAUAUGAGUUGUUAUCAGAAUAUAAUCAAUCCUAUCAACGGAACAAAAUUAUGGCCUCGAGUAGAUGCCCCCUAGUGAAACCACCAGAAUGGUGUUUACCUAAAAGCGGAAGAAAACAGAAGAAGAGACGAAGACAGGAAGAAGAAGAUGUUUUAACUCGUUCUGGGUCCAAAGCAAAGUUGAAUAAAAAGGGUACCAUGAUUAUUACAUGUAGUUUAUGUGGAUUAAUAGGCCAUAACAAGAGGUAUCAUCAAAAAACUAAUGCACCCCAGGAUUGGUAUUAUGGGGUAGCAAAUCCUGCAAAUAAAGGAAGCACCAGCCAUGUUCGGAGUAAAAGCUCAAGGGCAAAACUCGUGCCUAGGAGACCAUCAAGUAUGCCCAUACCUGGAGUGCAACCACCAGUACCAGCAUCUAAUUUCCAAUUCAUGCCAACCCCUGGAAUUUGUAUAACUAAUGGAGCACACAUUACAGACUAUGGUGGAAGACUUGGUGGGAGACCUGAAGUGCAACCACCAGUACCAGCUCCACUUGAAUCCUUGGUGGAAGACUUGCAAUUGAUAGAAAACCAAGAGAAAGAAAGAAAGAGGGCAGCCCUUGCAAAAAAGAAAAAGACUGUUCGAGGCUCAAUUCCAUUUACAAUUCCAAGGAAGAAUUCAGCAACUCAGUAGCGUUAUCAUUUUGUUUCGUGGUCAUAUUUUGGGUUUUGAGGCAACAAAUGAAGAGACACUGAUGUAUUUUGUUUCUUUUUGGUACACCAGUUGAAUGCUAUGAUUGGAAAUUUGGAAAUCAA